AAGUGGGAUGACUGGCAUGAGCCACCGCGCCUUACCUGAGACCCUGUUACACACACCCACACACUCUAAAGAGUGCCAAUGACACGCUGCUGCAUGAGCCUGCGAGGAAUGGGAGUACAGGGUGGCUGGAUGCUCCAAGCUGCAUGUUGUGAGGUUGUAGAAAUAACUGAUACUAGCGCUCGGCAGGCGACCCGCGGGCCAGGCGUCACAGGUGGCUUCUCCGGGCACGUUGCGCGCGGGUGUCGCUGCUGCCUGUGGGCCCCGGCCAAGCCUUCGUGCACCCCAGCUCAGGAGGGCCCUCCUGGACCCUGGAGUGGUCCCUCGUCGCUGAGAAGCCAGAUGGGGCCCAGCGGCGGCUCGUUGGGGACGGGAUCCAGCGCUUUGAGAGGCGGCUUCACGCUGGUGGGGAUGAAAACGCUGCAGGCGCACAGCGGGAAAACCCUGCUACCCAAGGCCUCCGAAGGGUCCAGUGUGGUCCCGCGCCCCGGGACCACAUGGGGAGACUUCAGCGCCCACAUCACCAGGAACCUCUUCCAGGCAAGAAACUCUGUGGAGGGGGCUCGGAGACGGAUCCCGCUGUGGUUCCCGAUCAGGGACCUGGUGAGCUGGGCACGGCGCCAGCACAGCUGCGGCCACCCAGCCUGAGGCCCAGGCCACCCUCCCAACUCCCUCGGUCAGCAAGAACCCAGGCCCACACCCAUAUCUGCCUUUCCCAAACCGCUUCCCUGUUCACCUCUGCCCCGCCCCAGUCCAGAGGAGUUUGAGCCACCAACUUUACUACCUGUAAUCUCAGCUACGCGGAAGGCUGAGGCAGGGGGAUCCCUUGAGUCCAAGAGUUCAAGAUCAGCCUGGGC